CGGACCGGACGGGAGCCAGGCGCUGCCCUUGCCGGAGGUGGCCAAGCGCUUCGGAUGCUCUCCCGCGUAAGCGCCGCGCAUCGUUUGGCGCCGUGGCGCGCCUGGGACCUCGCUGCUCGGGGCCGGCGCGGGGGCUGCGGGCGGCGCGGGGGCUGCUGCUGUUAUGUCUGGGAAUCUCGCUCGUGAGCUCUUAGGGUACCGAGCGAGCGAGGGCUAGGCGGCUCCGGGCGAGGGCUUGAAGGCUGCCCCGGCGGCGGUUCCAUGCCCGGGCCAAGAGGGUCUCCCACGAGAAGCCUCCGGAUCCACGGAGCGCCUCGAGCGGACCGCGCCGCCGAGCUUGAGUUGGCCUCGGAUUUCGUGGGACCGGCGGCUCCGGGGAUGUCGCGGGGCUUUUGACCAACUGGCCGGCCGUAGAGCCCAUGCUCGCUUGCCCCAGCCCUCGGCCAGGGUGGACCUAAAAGGGAUGACCGGGUGCCUGGUGUCAUAAGCAGCGGCUCUGCUCUUCUUUGUUCGCCUCCUGGCUGGGCUUGCUCCGAUCUCCUAGCGAUGGCAACAGAAGUAGUGUGUGGAUUGAUCUUCAGACUACUACUUCCCAUCUGUCUAGUCACUGCAUGUGCAUUCCGCUACAAUGGGCUUUCAUUUGUCUACCUCAUCUACCUCCUGCUCAUUCCUCUGUUCUCUGAACCUACAAAAACAACAAUGAAAGGACAUACAGGACGGCUACUAAAAUCCCUGUGUUUCAUGAGUCUAACGUUUCUGCUUCUGCACAUUAUCUUUCAAAUCACAGUAAACACUCUUGAAGCCCAAAAAACCAUUGAGCCUGGUUAUAGUUGUUUGACAUGGGAAAAAACACUACGGCUCAUUGGUUUUGAAAGUGUCAAAGGGGCAGAUGCUGGCAAUGCCAUUAGAAUAUUUGUUCCUGAUAUUGGUAUGUUCAUUGCCAGUCUGACUAUAUGGCUCGUCUGCAGAAACAUCCUUCAGAAAGCAACACAAGAUGAUUCUGGACAGUACAAUGAGCAGUAUGAAGGAGAAGAAAUGAAUGAAGGAGAAGGAAUAGGGGCAGGGGCAGAGGAUGCAUUAAUAUAUGAAGAUUUUGAUGAUGCAGACUGUGAAGAAGGAGAAGAAGAAGAAGAAGAAACAACAAAAUUAAAAUUGCUGCGGCGAAUUGCCUCAAUAGCUUCCAAAAUCAAGGAAAUUAUUGGGAAUGUUAUUACCACAGCUGGAAAAGUUGUUGUUACAAUUUUACUUGGUUCUACAGGAAUGAUGUUGCCAUCACUGACCUCAGCUGUAUAUUUCUUUGUAUUCUUGGGGUUGUGUACAUGGUGGUCCUGUUGCCGAGGAUUUGAUCCGCUGAUAUUCAGCUGUCUCUGUGUACUAAUGGCUAUAUUUAGCGCAGGCCACUUAAUUGGACUUUACCUGUACCAGUUACAAUUCUUCCAGGAAAUUAUUCCACCGGAUGACUUCUAUGCCAGAUUGUUUGGUGUCAGUUCAAUUAUUCAGACCAACUGCUCAAGCACUUGGAAAAUGAUCACCAACCAAGACUUGGACUGGUAUUACCACGUCAACCCCAUUUUGCUGCUAGUAUUGUACUAUACCCUAGCAACUCUCAUACGACUUUGGCUACAUGAACCCAUUGAACAGCCUGCACCUGAGGAUGACAAAUCUGAUAAUAGAGAUGAAGAAACCGACUGCAGCCGACUUCCAAUGACUGCAGAUACAAGACGCAUCUUGUGGCACAAAAGUCGCUACCCAACUGAUGAAGAGCCUCUAUCAAUGACUGAAAUUGACCCCAAGCCUUCUGAUGUUCUGUUGGUAACAGUGAAUGGUACACCUGUUAAUUAUCUCAUGCCCAUAGAAAACGGGCCCGCCAAAGGAGACAUGUACUCAACACCUCAGUACAAGUGGGAACCAUCAGAUGAUGAAUCAGAAAAGAAAGAUGAUGAAGAAGAAGGAGGAGAAGAAGAGGAACAUAUUGAAGAAGAAAAAAAUGCUAAAGUUCAUGCCAUGGUCGCAGUUUUCCAUUUUAUUAUGAAACAAAGUUAUGUUUGUGCUUUGAUUGCUAUGAUGGCCUGGAGUAUUACUUACCAUAGCUGGUUAACAUUUGUGUUGUUGAUAUGGUCCUGCAUACUCUGGAUGUUGCGUGACCGAAGGAAAUACGCUAUGAUCGGUUCUCCUUUUAUGGUGGCUUAUGGAAAUUUGUUAUUGACAUUCCAGUAUAUAUGGAGUAUUAAGCUGAAGGAUAGUGAACUUCCUACAGUUUCAGGAUUUCUUGAACGGAAAGAUCCCAAGGAAUUGGCAUCAAAGAUUCUUUUUGAGAUUACUUUCUGGCUAUUGCUUAGACAACACCUCACCGAGCGAAAAGCUUUGCGAUUAAAGGAAGCAGUUUUAUCUGAGAUCAAAGUAGAAGAUGAAGAGAAAGAAGAAGAAUCACAAACAAAUGGAGCGGAAACAGAGAAGAGUGAAGAGGAAUCACAAAAAAGUGAAGAGGAAUCACAAAAAAGUGAAGAGGAAUCUCAGAAAGAUGAAGAAUGUAAAAAGGAGGAAGAGGAGGAAUGUGAAGAAGAGGAGGAAGAUGUAAUGCAAGUUUUGGGAAAUAUGGUGAUGGCUAUGUUCAUUAAGUACUGGAUUUACGUCCUUGGAGGAAUGUUCUUCUUUGUCAGCUUUGAAGGAAGAAUUGUAAUGUACAAAAUUAUCUACAUGGUGAUGUUCUUGUUCUGUGUAGUCUUGUAUCAGGUGCACUAUGAAUGGUGGCGGCGAAUUCUGAAAUAUUUUUGGAUAUCGGUGGUGGUUUACACAAUGCUAGUGCUUGUCUUGAUCUACACAUAUCAGUUUACGUCAUUUCCUGGAUUGUGGAGAAACAUGACAGGGAUGAAUGAUGCACAGUUAAGAGAUCUUGGAUUAAGAAAGUUUUCUGUCACAGAGCUUUUCACCCGUAUCUUUAUUCCAACCUCCUUUUUGUUGGUGUGUAUAUUACACCUGCAUUACUUCCAUGAUCGUUUCCUUGAACUUACAGACUUAAAAGCUGUAACCAGCAAACAAGACAGCACCAUCUACAGCCAUGCCAAAGUCAAUGGCCGUGUUUAUCUAAUAAUAAAUAGCAUCAAGAAAAAAUUACCAAUCCGCCAAAAUGAGCUGGUACACCAAGAGAGCUUACCUGAUUUAACCAUGAUGAAUUUAAAUGCCAGCAUUGAAAAGGAAGAGGAUAAAAUGUUGCCAGAGCAAGAAGAAGGGGAAAUUGAACAAAAGGGAGAGAAGGAAGAUGAUGGAGGCGGGAAUGAAAAAGAGGAGGUGGAUGAGGGGGAGGAAGUAGAGGAAGACGAUGAUGAUGAAUCAGAGACAGAAGAAACUUCAGAUUUAAAGAACAAAUGGCAUUUGGUGAUUGACCGCCUCACUGUACUUUUCUUGAAAUUCCUGGAGUACUUUCAUAAACUGCAAGUUUUUGUAUGGUGGCUUUUGGAGCUACACAUUAUCAAAAUUGUUUCAUCGUACAUUAUCUGGGUGACAAUAAAAGAGGUUUCCGUCCUUAACUAUGUGUUUUUGAUUGCCUGGGCUUUUGCUUUGCCAUAUUCUCAGUUCCGUCCAUUGGCGUCCAGUGUCUGCACUGUUUGGACCUGUGUGAUAGUUGUCUGCAAAAUGUUGUACCAGCUGGAAACUAUUGAGCCUUACAAAUUUUCUUCAAAUUGCACAAUGCCUGAAAACCGCACUGAGGAAGAGAUAAAAGUACUGAGUGGCUCACUUCUCUACAAAGCCCCUGUUGAUCCAUCUGAAUGGGUUGGAUUAAGAAAGACUCCCGAUUCUCUGCUUGUAUACUUGAGGAAUAAUCUGCUGAUGCUGGGAAUUCUGGCCUUUGAAGUUACCAUCUACAGACAUCAGGAAUAUUUUAGAUGUCGAAACAAUCUCACUGCACCUGAAACCAAAACAAUUUUUCAUGAUAUUACUAGAUUGCAUUUGGAUGAUGGGAUAGUUAACUGUCUUAAGUACUUUGUAAACUACUUCUUCUACAAGUUUGGUUUGGAGACCUGUUUCCUCCUAUCAAUAAAUGUAAUUGGUCAACGAAUGGAUUUCUAUGCCAUGAUUCAUGCCCUCUCAUUAGUUCUGGUGUUAUAUCGACGCAGAAGAAAAGCCAUUGCAGAGAUCUGGCCAAAAUACUGUUGUUUUCUGGCAUGCAUUAUUACAUUCCAAUAUUUCAUUUGCAUUGGCAUUCCACCUGCUUCUUGUAAAGAUUAUCCAUGGAGGAACCCUAAUUCGAACUUUAAUAAUAAUAUCAUCAAGUGGUUAUAUUUCCCAGAUUUUAUUCAUAAACCAAGUCCAGUCUUUCUCGCCUAUGAUUUUAUGUUGCUGCUGUGUGCAUCCUUACAAAGGCAAACGUUUGAAGAUGAGAACAAGGCUGCUGUUCGUAUCAUGGCUGGAGACAACGUAGAGAUUUGUAUGAACCUUGAGGCGGCAUCUUUUAGUCAACACAAUCCUGUCCCUGACUUUAUCCAUUGCCGUUCUUAUCUAGAUAUGUGUAAAGUGAUAACAUUCAGUUACCUCUUCUGGUUUGUUCUCACCAUCAUCUUUAUAACGGGAACCACUCGUAUCAGUAUAUUUUGUAUGGGCUACUUGGUUGCCUGUUUCUAUUUCCUGCUGUUUGGAGGAGAUCUUUUACUCAAACCUAUCAGAAGCAUUCUUCGUUACUGGGACUGGCUGAUAGCAUACAAUGUGUUUGUGAUUACAAUGAAAAAUAUAUUGUCUAUAGGAGCAUGUGGUUAUGUUCGGUCAUUAAUGCGGAACAGUUGUUGGGCAAUCCAAGCAUUUAGCCUAUCUUGCACAGUUAAAGGCUAUGAUAUUCCUGAAAAUACAUCAACUUGUAAAUUGCCUAGUGGGGAAGCAGGAAUUAUCUGGGACAGUAUUUGCUUUGCCUUCCUGAUGCUUCAAAGGAGAGUCUUUAUGAGUUACUACUUCCUUCAUGUAGUUGCAGAUAUUAAAGCUUCACAGAUUCUGGCAUCCAGAGGCGCUGAACUUUUCCAGGCCACAAUUGUAAAGGCUGUAAAAGCAAGAAUUGAGGAAGAGAAUAAAUCAAUGGAUCAACUGAAAAGACAAAUGGAUCGUAUCAAAGCCAGGCAACAAAAAUAUAAAAAGGGCAAGGAGAGGAUGAUGAGCAUGAACCAAGAAUCCUCAGAUGGGCAAGCAGUUCAGAAGGCUCCAGAAGAUGACGAUGACGAUGAUGAUGGCGAAGCAGACAAAGAGAAAACCAAGGGCAAAAAAAAGCAGUGGUGGCGACCUUGGGUUGAUCAUGCUUCCAUGGUCAGAAGUGGAGAUUAUUAUUUAUUUGAGACGGACAGUGAAGAAGAGGAAGAGAAAAAAGAAGAGGAAGAGCCGCCCAAAAAAUCUGCAUUUCAGAGAGCUAUUGCGAAAUUUGCUUCUGCCAUUUUAGCCUUGCCAAAGUCUGUUAUUAAACUGCCCAAAACUAUUCUUCAGUAUUUUAUCAGAGCUGCAAAGUUUGUUUAUCAGGCCUGGAUUACUGAUCCUAAAACGGCCCUCAGGCAGAGGCGCAAAGAGAAAAAAAAGUAUGAGAAAGAAAGAAGACAAAUGCAGAAAGGACCUGAUGAUGUUGCUAUAGAUAUGGAAUGUGAAGAAAAAGAUGAACCUGUCAAAAAGAAAUCUGAUGGACCUGAUAACAUUAUCAAAAGGAUAUAUAACAUUUUGAAGUUCACCUGGGUUCUUUUUCUGGCAACAAUUGAUAGUUUUACAGCUUGGCUCAAUUCAAUUUCAAGAGAGCACAUUGACAUUUCCACUGUUCUUAGAAUCGAGCGAUGCAUGCUUACUAGGGAAAUCAAAAAGGGUAAUGUGCCAACUCGAGAGAGUAUACAUAUGCAUUACCAGAACCAAAUGAUGAAACUUUCUAGGGAAUCAGGACUGGAUAGAACGGAUGAACCUGGACUGGCAGCUGAGAGGACAGCAAGUCUAGAAUCAGCUCCUUCUCGUGAUAGUGAAUCCAGCUGCUGCACUGAAGCAACCACGCUGUUAUUGUCAAGACAGUCAACCCUUGAUGAUAUAGAUGGACCAGACCUUAUUCCUAAAACGAGUGAGCGGGCAAGACCCAGGCUUCGUAAAAUGUACAGCAUGGAUAUGUCCUCUUCAUCUGCUGAUAGUGGCAGCAUUGUAUCAAGUGAGGCCACCCAAAUCACCAUGCUGUAUUCCCGUCAGGGAACAACAGAAACCAUUGAAGAAGUUGAAGGGGAGGAGCAUGAAGAAGGGGCAGAGAUGGCAUCAAGACAAGAGCAUGAUAUGGAAGAUUAUGGCCUGGAUUCUGAAGGGGCUGCAUAUACUUCUGACACAGAUGUACCAUCUUAUUCGGGUCUGGAUGGUAUUGCUGAACCCCCACCUUCAUAUAGCAAAGCUGUGAGCUUGGAACUUUUCCCCUUAGAUGGUUCCCAAGAUGGCUCUUCUGACAAAAACCAGAUGAUGAUAAGCCCAGAUGAACUGGAAGCUGAAAAAUCAGAGGAUCCUAUACUCCCCAUGUUGACCCAUGAGCUGACUGCAAGUGAACUGCUUCUAAACAAGAAAUUUAGCCAGAAUCUAGUUGCACAACUCUGGUAUUUUGUGAAAUGUGUCUAUUUUGGAUUAUCAGCAUAUCAGAUACGCUGUGGCUACCCAACCCGUGUACUUGGAAAUUUCCUUACUAAAAGCUAUAAUUAUGUAAACCUCUUCUUAUUUCAAGGAUUCCGCCUGGUUCCAUUUUUGACUGAGUUGAGGGCAGUAAUGGACUGGGUUUGGACAGAUACUACGUUAAGUCUGUCUAGCUGGAUAUGUGUUGAAGAUAUUUAUGCCCAUAUAUUUAUCCUGAAGUGCUGGCGGGAGUCUGAAAAAAGAUAUCCCCAGCCAAGGGGCCAGAAGAAAAAGAAGGUUGUGAAGUAUGGAAUGGGUGGCAUGAUUGUCGUCCUGCUGAUUUGUAUUGUCUGGUUCCCGCUGCUCUUCAUGUCUCUAAUCAAAUCUGUUGCAGGUGUUACAAAUAGACCACUUGAUGUUUCCAUUACAAUAACCUUAGGAGGUUAUCAGCCUAUAUUUACAAUGAGUGCUCAACAAAGUCAACUUCAAACUUUAGAUAGGGAAUAUUCCAUUUUUACAAAGAGUUUUAAAGAAAAUGCUGCUUUGCAAUUUUUGGAGAAUUAUGCUUCUGAAGAUGUAACAGUUGCACAACUAGAAGGCAACUCAAAUUCCUUGUGGACCAUCAGUCCUCCAAGUAGAAGGAAAAUGAUAGAUGAGCUCAACAAUACAGACUCUCCAUUUACUCUGGUUGUUUCAUGGAGUGUUCAAAGAAACCUCUCUCUUGGAGCAAAAGCAGAAGUAGCAUCAUCUAAGCAGUCAUUUCCCCUUCCAAAUGAAACAAGAACCGACCUUGCUAAAAUGAUGCAGGACACAAAGAUUGUGAACAAAGUGACUCUGAGAAAUGUAUAUCCGCAUUAUAUCAAGGCACCUAGUGAUUCUCUUGCCAAACCAUUGAAACAACUUAUGAAAGGUGGUGAAUUUACAAACCUUACUGUUGAAUUGGUCAAGAACAAAGAUGACAGCAGCAAUAACAAUAGUGAUGAAUUUCAUGAGUGGUGGAUUGUCAACCAGGGAGACAAAAAAGUUUUGAAAAAUGAUGUUAAGCAAGCUAGCCUGGAACUUAUUGUAUUCAGUGACAAAGUGAGCCCUCCCAGCCUUGGAUUCUUGGCAGGCUAUGGUAUUAUGGGUUUAUAUGCCUCUGUUGUCCUGGUGAUAGGAAAAUUUGUCCGUGAGUUCUUUAGUGGAAUUUCUCACUCCAUAAUGUUUGAAGAGCUUCCCAAUGUGGAUCGUAUCCUGAAGUUGUGUACAGAUAUCUUCUUGGUUCGAGAGACUGGUGAACUGGAGCUGGAGGAAGACCUAUAUGCAAAAUUAAUAUUCUUGUACCGCUCACCAGAGACUAUGAUCAAAUGGACUAGAGAAAAAACAAACUGAUCUCUUUGUGAUUGUCCUUGCAAAUCAAGAUGACUUCGUCUGAUUUUCUUUUUUUAAAAGCACAACAUUCUCUUAAGAGCUAAGCAUUUUAUAAUUGGGAAGCAAUGAAUUCUUAGUUCAUGGAGCUUAUCUGGUUGGUUCCCUCAAAAUUCAUGCUGCCUUUCAAAUCAAAGAAGAGCCCUCUCCCCUAAUCUUUGUUUUCAAAUCAACUCCUCUAACAUCAGAAUAAUGUUUUUCAGCGUAGUAGACAAAAUGGUUGACAUCCUUGUCUGGCUACAGUAAUACCUUGGGCUUAACUUAUCCUCUCCAGAAGGAAGGAUAUGACAUUUGAACUGGUCCUCACUUUUUCUGGAGUGAUACAUCUUGGAUCAUGAAUUAUCUGACUUUUCAUCCGUGAUGUUCAAGGGAUACCAGGUAUUGAAGUUGCCUUGUUAAGACAUCCAAGACAACAAGACACAGCAGGUGCUGAGGGCAUCUGUAUUAUGCACAUUUCUUUUUUUUAAGAAAAGGUUUCUUGUGUUGAAUAUUGUACAGAGAUACCUCCAUCAGGAAAAAAAAUCAGUGACUAUCUUUAACUGCCUUAUUUUAUUUGAACAAUUACAGGAGACAUUGAAAUAUCAAUGACUUUACUUAGGAACAAAACUCAAGAUUGAACUAAUGAAUAAUUGAUUGUGUGAUAUUCUGCAGGACCAUUUUUCCAAAAUAAUUGCUCUAAAAUUGACAGACUUUUAAAAAAAAGGCAGUUGAAUUUCAUGGGACGCCUUCUGAUUUCUUAGAAAGAUCUGAAGAUUGAAUGGAGCAGUCUCUUUCUCUGUCUCCACAGCCUGCUUUCCCCCAUUUUGACAUUUUAAUGCAACGAUCUGGCUUGUGUCUAAUAUUUCUUUCCAGGGUUUCAGGUAUACAAAAUGUUUACAUAUUUGAAUUCACAUUUUUACAUUCAAGACGGGUUUUUUAACUUCCCAGUCAUGAGAAAAGUGUAUAUAUAAUGAGCUCAAAUUGCCUUUUCUUAAAUUAUUACUGUUGGUGACACAGGCUGCUCAGAGUACUCUGUAGCAUGAAAUUUUACUGUUGCGAUGUAGUUUUCAUUCCAUGAUUUAAAAAAUGCCGUUUCUUAACAGUACCAAAUCACUGAAUGGCUAAAGUAUGCUAAGGUGUUAUACUGUGUAGUUUUGAAUCCAUAAUGACUUCAAUAAAGCACAUGAUGCCAAGUCAUUUUAGAAGUAUUUUUCCUAUGCUUAUUUACAUUGAAUGGAAAAUUCUUUGUAUAAAUUAAAUGUUUCAGUUGUGAUUGUCAACUUCCACUGAAAAAGCCUUCUUAGCUAUUUAUUAUGUAAUGAUGUAGUAAAGUCAAUAGAAUGUCGCUGACACAUGGCAGCUGAUCAGACCAAGUACAAUUACAGACAAAGUUUGAUCCAGGAUUUUGUUAAAAAGAAAAAACAGAAUACAACAUAAUCAGAUGAUAACACACCCGCACAAUUGAUAUGCGCCCACACUAACACUGCUGAUAUCUUUCUAUACUGUGAAAAAUUAGCACUUUCCGACCGUAGAAGUUACGUACUAAUUAACCACUUCAACAUAUUAUAACAGUAACAUGUGUUGCAAUUGAAUCUAAUUAAAUCAAAUUUCUUAACAACCUGGAAUUGAGGUAGGAUAGUGUUAUGCUGAAAGAAGAGAAAGUAUUACUAAAAAUCUGACUUCUUUGUAAUAGCCACUGAUUGAAUCCUAUGCAGAAGCUUAAGUGUAUACAAGAUGAAAUGUCUUGUGUAUAUUGGGCUGUACAUAGAAAUGUGACAGAUCUACCAUUAUUACUUGUAUUUUAGGACCCUUUGGCACCUCUGUUGACUUGUUUCCCUUCUUGUUCCUUAUGUACAUCUGGCAGCUAAACGUAACAUUCUGUAGAUGUGAUGAAAUAGGCUUCACCAAUGACAGUUUAUGUUAAUAAUAAAGUUAUGAAGUCUUUACAUUUAUUUCAGUUUAUUUAAAAGUGCCCAAGGCAGGUUUAGAACAUGAAGCUCUGUUGUUUUUUCUAUGGAAGAUGAAAAUAAAGACUGGUGAGACAGAGCAAGUAGAGGGAUUGGCCAGGAGUGGACUGGGAAGUGAAAACAGCACUGGAGAAAGGCAAGCUGAGUGACUCCCACUGUGUUAUAAGCCAGCACUGCAGGGCCAUCUGCUCAACAGUGGGCAUUAACUCACCCACUGAAUCAUCCCCCAAACUGAAAGCAGUGCAGGAGAAGAUACUUGUGGGGCUGACCCAGACAGCCAUGGUUGAUGAAGGUCUUGGCCCAGUGACCCUGGUCAAAGUUGUGGGGGGUUGGCUUUUCUUGGCCCUGGUCACCAGUAGCCCACUGAGGGCCAAACUAUACAUUAUGGUGGUCAUGAGCUCAACCCACGGCUACCAAUUCCAUUUUACAAAAGAAUUUGACUAUUUCAAAUACUUCAAGGACCCACUUCUGAUCAGGCCAAUGGCAUACUGGGGCGAGGUGAUCUCUCCCCCCCACACACACACACACACCUUUUCAACUGCCAAAACAGUCCAUGGUUGUUUUGUACUUGAAAAGGCAUGUGGUGAAACAAGAUCACCUUGUCCCCCAUGCCAUAAAUCUGAUCAGCAUUGGGCCCUGCAUCUUUUUUUAAACUGUCAAUUUCUUCUGUAAAAUGGUGUUGGUGGCCACCAAUUGAAUCAUGGCCACUAUAACAUGUAGUUUGUUACGUAGUUGUCAAAUUUUCUUUAAAUUAAAUGGCCAGUCUGCACCUAUACUAGCUUUUGUUAAAGGAGUCCACCUGGAUCAGACUAAAUGGCCAUCUAGUCCAGCAUUCCGUAUAGGACAAUGGCCAGUUACAAGCUUCUGAGAAGCCUCCCAGCAGAACAGAAAAGUAAAGGAAUUCACUGCUGCUUGUUCCCAGGUAUUGGAGAGUGAAUUAGGUUUUGUGGCUAGCAAAUGUUGGUAAACCACUCCUCUUUUUAAAGUAAGUGAUUGUGACAUCUUUUAAUGGCAAAAUCCUUCAUAUAAUUAUACAUUCGUUGUCCUUCCCAAAUCUGCUACUCUGGGUUGUCUUGUAUUUUUGUCUUGUGCAAGAAAUUAUUUUCAUUCAUUGUCACCAAACCAUACAUAAUACUAUAAGUUUCCUAAAGGCCCCCAGUUGAUUUAAUCUGUCCUCACAAGGAAGGAGCUUCAAGUUCUUGAUUACUUUGGUGGGUUUGUAUUGGCGUCACAAUCCACAAGGAUUGCUAGCAAUCCACAAGGUUAAUAGAAUAGCUUUUACCAUUCCACAAGGCGCCACAAUCCACAAGGAUUGCUAUCAACCCACAAGGUUAAUAGAAUAGCUUUUACCAUUGUCAAUUAUUAGUCUACCAUUGUUAAGAUGCACUUGCUAUCUUUGAGGUUGUUUCCAUGGGUGCAGUGACUUCUACCCACAGAAGGCUUAGUCCCAGGGGUUCCCUCUUCUCCAGGAACAGGAUUUCAAGAAGAAUUUCAGGCUCUCAAAGGAGGGGGGUGGGCUGAGGAAGUUGUAUUGUGGGAGUAAUAUCAGUUCCUUGAGCCCAUGGAAAUACCUUGGUGGGUAAUCCAUCACUUCCAAGGAAAUACUUUUAAAUGAACUGAUAGCUAAAACCAGGAGUAUCUUACUAUUUGGAAACAUCAUCUGCUGGAGAGCAUCACCUUGUGCAUGUCCUAUGCUCCCCCCCCCCCCAAUUCCAUUACUGGACAUAUAUUUGGCCCAGUGACUGACACAACUCUUAACUCUGUCUCUUUCUAGUAAAACUUACACUGGACUAACCGUAGCAUGACUUGAUUUUCACACAAUUUAAUUCAUGAAUUAAAUCACAUUCAAACCCUUGUAGUAAAAUUAUGCUUUUUGAUUCUCCCUUGCACAUGCUCGUUGUUUAUAAAAUGUAACUUUGUUGAAUCAUAUAUGUAUAUUUUUAAAAAGGAAGAUUGUGAUGAAAUUGAACUAAGAAUGGGCCUUGAUUUGUAUCAGGCCAAGUCUUAGGCCCUGUAGAAAUUAUAAAGUACCCAUUAAGGAUAUAUAGAACACCUAUCACAACUAAGUAACUGCAGUUUGUCCCUUCUACUGAGGAUUAAGCAACAUGACUUCCAGAGCAGAUGGCAUUGCAUCUUGAUAAGCUUGAACCCAAAUGACUUAAAGCAUUCAGCACUACCCAAAGAGGGCAUUAUUAUUUUGUGUAGAAUAAGAAUUUGCAGAGGUUCUGCUUCAUGAUGAAUUUUAGUUCUCCACAGGUUAUUGGGAGGAAGAAUGGAAAAAGAGCGGGACGUUCUUUGGCUGCCUGCAACCUCUGGUUCUGGGUUGGAGGUGUCCAUGUCACCCUGACAUUCCCUGUGGGCCCAAGUCUUUACGUGCACAAAGAUUGGGCACUUGUUUUUCUGAGCUUAAUCAAAAGCAGUUGCUGCAGAGUGGUGGCUUUUUUGUGAGAGAAGGAACAAGUUGGUGUUUCAUUUACAGUUGUUGUUGACCCAUCCAUAUGCAAUUUCAACUUAUUUCCAUGUAGAUAAAAUUGUAAAUACAUACAAAAGCUACAGCUGUACUACAUAUGCCAAGCUUGGAAGAGUGUUCAAUUUUGUUGUCCCAAGUGGCAGCAUGAAAAAGCAGUGGCAAUUAAAAUAUGUUAAGAAACUGAUAUCGUUUGUAUAGUGUAAUUAUUAUAGGA